AUGGCGUCUUCCUCCGCCAGCACGCCGUCGUUGGCUGUGCCCGAGAAGCGCGUUUUGUCGAUACAGUCCCACGUCGUGGCAGGCUAUGUUGGUGAGUUCAUGCUCCAUGGUCGCCGCUUCGUUCCGCGCCCUUCGCAGCCGGCGGUCGGCUCGGCGCUAACCCCUUUUUUUUUGCCUCGUGUGCGCGCCCUAUUUUUGCUCAGGCAACAAAUCGGCUAGCUUUCCCCUGCAACUCUUGGGCUGGGAGGUAGAUGCGGCCAACACGGUCGAAUUCUCUAACCACACGGUAAGUUUCGGUUGCCAUCGCCGUGCAGAGCGCCACGUCGCCCUCGACUUUUCCUCGCCUGGCGCUCCUGUGCUCCCGCCAUUGUACCAUUGCCCAGCCAACUAACGCUCUUCUCCUUCUCCUCUUUUCUCUUGCUUGCCCACGUUUGCAUAUACUGCACGGUCGCCUCUCCGCGCUUCCUCAUGAACGCCUCGGGCGUGUGCCCUCGUCCUUUUCCUCUGCCGUCUCGCUCACUCAGGGUUCGCGUAAUUUCCCUGCCUUGUUUUUUCCAAGUAUCAGGAGGUGUCACGACUGACUUGUGACUGUUCUCAAAAUCAUAGGUUACGGCAGAUGGGGCGGAUCCAAGUUUGACGCCGCUCAUCUCGAGGAUGUCAUGAGCGCACUCGAUGUGAGUUUCUUGAGUCGCCUACGCCCAUCCCUGUCAAUCUCGCAGAGGCAGCACAAGGUUGCUGACGAUAGCACCACGCCAACCCCCAGGCCAACGGGCUUCUUCGCCAGUCACAUCUGUUGACCGGCUACGUACCCGGUGCCGAGGCGCUGCUCGUUGUCGCUCGCACCGUUGACCGAUUGCGCUCCAUCAACCCCAACCUCGUCUACGUCCUCGACCCCGUCAUGGGUGACGACGGUCGCAUCUACGUCUCGGAAGCCGUCAUUCCCAUCUACAAGUCGCUGAUGCCCAAAGCGACGUGCGCAACGCCCAACUACUUCGAGGCCGAGCUCCUCACCGAUGUCAAGAUUCUCGACGCCGCUUCGUUGCGUUUGGCACUGCGGACCUUCCACGAACGGUAUCGCAUCCCUAACAUCGUCAUCUCGGCCGUGUCGUUGCCUCGCGACGAGCUAGCCAAGCUCGGCGUGACCGUCGAAUCGGCAGCCCCCAACGAUCGGCUCUUGCUCUGCUGCGGUUCGACCAUGACACCAUCUUCGUCGGCUAACGACCCGAUCGAAUCCAUUUCGUUCGGCAUCGCCUUCCCCGAGUUGGCCGAACACUACGAAGGUGUCGGCGACGUCUUCUCUUCCCUCGUCUUGGGUCGCUUCCCCAAUGCCUCUCACCCCUCGCACGCCGUGUCUCCCCUCGCCUACACUGUCGAAUUGGCGAUCGCUUCCCUGCAAGGUGUCCUCGCUCGAACGCGUGCCAACGCACUGAGGUUGGCUAAGCAUUACCCCGAUGCCAUCAUCCCCCGCGAAGGGGAAAGUGCCGAAGAGCGUGUGCGAAGGCUGAGGAUGGUCGAGCUCAAGCUGGUUCAAUCCCAGAAGGAACUUCUGGACCCGCAAGUAAUCCACCGCGCCGUUCGACUGUAA